UGUGAGUCGAGAGAGAGCGAGGAAUCUGUGGAAGGACGAGUGCAGCCAGUGAGCGGGACUCCAUCCUGAGACGAGGACGUGGAGGAGAAAGCAUCGCUGCGAGUGGACACUCCCACGCGUGGACCAGUCAAUGCAGGAUUGAAGAUUGAAAGAACAAGAGGUCGGACAUCCGAGCACAAGGAGGGGAGAGGGGAUUCAAGUGUUUCCUGUGUGAGUCAGCGUGCACGUGUCCCAUCUACCGCGUGACUGAGAAGGGAGAGGCAGGGCUCUUUGGUGGCAGACCUCGGUGUCGCACGCUGACGAUGGAGAGGAGGAGGAGGAUGGGCGAGCCACACUUGCUGAUGCUCGUGACGGUGGUGUUAGUAGGACACCUUGCCAGUGCACUGGAUGUCCCACUAGACCGUAAGACAACAGAACAAAACACACAGCACAAGUUCUUGCCAAGACUCAUUAGCUGAACUGUCGACUAAGAGGAGGACCAACAAAAAAUAAGAAAUAGUCAAAUUUAGGCUAUAAACGGUGUAAUUUAUGCUAUGACUGAUGUGUAAUACAAAUCCUAAAAUUAAUACAUGAUCAGAUUAACACAAUAGAUAAAAUUCCAUAACAAUAUGCAUUCUUGUACAUUAUAUAUUGGUUCAUGCGCAUGAGAAAAACAAAUGUUAAUGUUAUGAGCCAAAUUUGAAUUCCUAUAAUUUACCAAAUGAUGGAAUAGAAUAUUAAGGGAUCAAUUGGAAAUCCUGCAAUUUUACUACAACACGUUUAUACUAAAACUUCAUCGCUCCACUCGCUUUUAGUUCAUUUUGGAAUUGGUUUUGAUUGAUUUUACUGUUUGUUUUUAAUUCUAUUAAUAUGUCAGGCUCCUUCUUAUACGUCAGAGAUUUUAAUCCACUGUAACUCUGGCAGGGCUCUUCGUUCUACUGGCCAGUUUCUUUUGAAAGUUCCAAGGUCGAGACUUAAACAGUGGGUGACCCAUCUUUUGCAGUUGCUGCCCCCAGGUUAUGGAAUGGCCUGCCACCUGAAAUACGCACCAUUACGAAUCUAGGCCUUUUUAAAUAUUACAUUAAUAAUAAUACAUUUUAUUUCCAGAGCGCUUUUCAUGCCACACAAAGACACAAAUGGAAACACAGUAGCUCAACAACCAUAAUAACAAAACAAUCAUAAAAUUAAUUAUUGUGUAAAUCACAGUGAAAGACCAACUUUUUCUUUUCUCCAGACUAGGGUAGCCUGGUUUUAUUUCUGAAGGGGUUUGACGUUUUCGGAUUUUAUCUGUUUUAUUAUUUUAUUUGCUGUUUUGACUUUUAUCGCGAUAUGUUGUUGUUGUUUUUUUUUUUCUUAAUGUCAUUGUAUAAUACUUUCCUGACUUUUAAUUAUCAUGAACUCUAUUAUCGAUGUUAGAAAAAAAUUUGAGGACCUUUCGGGUUUUUGUAAAGGGCUAUAGAAAUUGAUUUGAUUUGAAAAUUUCAUAAUAGUUAAACAAAAAAAUAAAUAAAUAAAAUAAAAAUUCACAGGUUUUACAGUAGCCGCUAUAGCGCCUAUAUAAUAUAAAUGAUUAUAAUUGCCAUUUACCAUUUUAAUUUUUUUUUUUUAAUUUAAACCAAACUAUAAAAACAAAAGUAUUAUUCCUAUACAGAUUAUUUUAUAUAUGCUUUUAUAGUGCAAAAAGUGACGGGUGGAUUAAAUUACACAAUAUUGCUAUGCAAUUUUAUAAUAAGUUUCAUAAUUUAUUAUGUGUAUAGACAAAGUAAAGAUAUAUUAAGUGCUACACAAACAAUUAUAAUAUCAAGUAAAUGUUAUUUUAUUAUGUGAAUUUAACGUAAAAGAUUAAACCAACACAUUUUAUUGCGCUAAUUCAGGCAAAUUGACAUAUCUAAAGCAGUUCCUUAUUGUAACUGUAGUGGACCCGUCCGAAUAAGGGUGAGACUUGACAGAUGAUUUGGUGUCUUUUAUUAUCAAAACUUUGCAAAACGUUCCCUUUAACCAUACGGCAAUAAAACCGAUCACCUUAGAAAAUAAAACAAUCACCACGAUCACCGUAAGAGCUCUGCCUCUUCCAGCGGCGCCGUUAGACUAGGUCAAAAUUUUGCCCGCCUUCAAGUUACCAACAUUGCAAAACACACGGAACAGGAAAUACACCAAAAUAAAAGUGUAACCGGAAGUAAUGGCGAAUUACAAAAUAAAAUACGUUCGGAAGACAUAAACAUUAGGCUUUGGUUAUUUAACAGUAACUUUUCUGAUUAAGAUUUUCAGCUUAUUAAAAGACCAAACCUGCAAACUCCUAAAUCAAACACUUAAGAAUACAUACUGUGAAAAGAUUCAGUUUUGUAAACUGUUGGCAGAUGUGUAAUUGAUUGCACCUGCAAAAAGUUCCUCACCCUUUAAGAAGUCAAUCUCAUGGUGGCUCAGAAGAGACAUGGGGAAGACUGCUGCUCUGACAGGAUAGUCUAAUUUUCUGAGUAGUACUGUAUCUAUUUAGAUAUUGUAUACUUUAAUAAUUUACUCAAUAAUUGAAUAAUUUAGUCAGAGUCAUUGAAUCAAUGACUACAAACUUGCAUGGAAUUGGAUGCAGAAUUUCUAUUGUUUCCGCACUAAUGUAUGAUUCUCUUUAUUGUGACUUUUGCUGAUUCUUUUGGGGGAAAGUUCUGGAGAAAUUGCCACAGCCCCCAACCAUUACACACCAAUCCCCCAAGGAUUACAUCAUCGACCCCCGGGAGAACAUUGUCAUCCACUGUGAGGCCAAAGGGAAGCCUCAUCCCAGUUUCUCUUGGACGAGAAACGGCACCCACUUUGACCUAGAGCAGCACCCAAACGUGCACAUGAGGGCCCAGUCGGGGACUCUUGUGGUGGACAUCAGCAGGGAGCGGACGGAGCACUACGAGGGCACGUACCAGUGCACGGCCCGGAACAAACACGGAACGGCCGUUUCCAAUGAUAUUGUGGUGCGGCAGCCCAGGUCACCUUUGUGGUCUAAAGAAAAGAUCAAGCCAAUAGUCAUCCAGGAAGGCGUGUCCUUGGUGUUGCCAUGUCGACCUCCCGCUGGAUAUCCUCCUCCAAUUGUUUUCUGGAUGGACAACAACUUCCAGAGGUUGCCCCAAAGCAACAGGGUGUCCCAAUCUUUAAACGGAGACCUUUACUUCUCCAACGUACUUCGCGAGGACUCCAGGAGUGACUACAUCUGCUACGCCCGCUUUCCUCACACGCAGACCAUCCAGCAAAAGCAGCCCAUCACUGUCAAAGUCCUUAAUCUGGACGCGAUCAAUGACACAAUGGAAGCUUAUUACAAUGACACUGAUUUAUUUAGUGAAGAGCCGGUAGAUGAGAGAAAGCCCACGUUCCUUAUCCCGAGUGGGCCAUCCAGCUCCAAAAUGGUGCUUCGGGGUCACACGCUGGAAAUGGAAUGCAUUGCAGAAGGACUGCCUACUCCUGACAUCUCUUGGGCCAAAGUGAGCGGCGAACUGCCAACCACGCGCCUCUCUUUCCUUCACCACCAAAAAAUCCUGCGCAUUGUCAAUGUGUCAGAGGCUGACGCCGGUGACUACCGCUGCACCGCCAGGAACCAGCUGGGCUCAGUCCACCACACCAUUCACAUCACGGUUAAAGCCGCUCCAUACUGGAUCAGCGGCGCUCCCCAAAAUCUCGUCCGGGCUCCAGGAGAGAAUGGCGUGCUAAUGUGCAGGGCCAGUGGUACACCCAAGCCAAGCAUCCAAUGGGCUAUGAAUGGCGUUCCGAUUGAGAAUGCCCCAAAAGACCCCAGCCGUAAAGUGGAGGACGACACUAUCAUAUUCACCGAUGUGCAGACGGGAUCCAGCGCCGUGUAUCAAUGUAACAUCUCCAACCAAUAUGGCUACCUCCUGGCCAAUGCUUUUGUUAAUGUCUUGUCUGAGCCGCCCAGAGUGCUGACGCCGGCCAACACAGUCUACCAGGUCAUCAAGAAUCAUAGAGCCCUGCUGGAGUGCACCUCUUUCGGCUCGCCCAUCCCCAAAAUUACCUGGUUCAAAGAGAGUCGUUCCGGUACGCUCGGUGCAGAAACGCACAAGGCGCACGAGAACGGCACUUUGGAGAUCUAUGUUGCUCAGGAAAAGAAUAGCGGAAAGUACACUUGCGUGGCCCGGAAUUCCCUCGGUAUCUAUGAGAAUCACGUGCACCUAGAAGUCAAAGAACCGACCCGCAUUCUGAAGCAGCCAGAGUACAGAGUGGUUCAGCGUGGCAGGUCUGUUGUGUUUGAGUGCAAAGUAAAACACGACCCCUCGCUUGUCCCCACCAUGACAUGGCUCAAAGACGAUGGGGAGCUUCCUGACGACGAAAGAUUUGUGGUGGAUGCUGACAGCCUCACUAUCUCCGACGUGACAGAGAGUGAUGCCGGCAUGUACAAGUGCAUCAUGAACACCACGUUGGACCAUGACUCGGCCAUCGCCGAGCUCACUGUUGUUGAAGCCACGCCGACGCCGGCCAUUGUCAACGAGCGACCCGAACCCCCAACUGACCUGGAGCUGACGGACCACAAAAAAAGGAGUGUUCAACUCACCUGGAUUCCUGGGGAUGAGCACAAUAGUCCGAUUCAGAAAUUUUUGAUCCAGUAUGAAGACUCUCUCCAUCAUCACAGAGGUCACUGGCACAACCUUACCGAGGUCCCCGGAACCAAGACCACAGCUCACCUAAAACUGUCACCUUAUGUUCACUACACCUUCCGAGUCCUCGCUGUCAAUUCCAUGGGCGUCAGCCGACCUAGUUUUCCCUCCAAGAUGUAUAAAACUGAACCUUCAGCUCCGGAUGAAAAUCCAACAGAUGUACAUGGCUUUGGAACAGAACAUGACAAUCUUGUCAUCUCAUGGAAGCCGCUGACAGGCCUCCAGGCAAACGGGCCAGGACUUCAUUAUAGAGUGAUGUGGAGACAGAAGAUGAUGGACACUGAUUGGAUGACUGCAAACGUAACCAACAACUCCAAGUUUGUAGUGUCUGGAACGCCUACGUUUGUUCCGUACGAGAUCAAAGUUCAGGCUGUAAAUAAGUAUGGCAUCGGGCCCGAGCCAGCCAUUGCCCUUGGCCACUCCGGAGAAGACCUUCCAGUCGCCGCUCCAGAGUCUGUGCAGGUGUUUGUGUUGAACAGCACCCUGGCGGAGGUCCACUGGGAGCCCGUGCCUCAAAAAUUAAUUCGUGGAUACCUCAAAGGCUACAAGGUUUAUUACUGGAAAGAGCGCAACCUGCACAAACAUAACCCACAUCACACAGAGAAGCAGAUUCUGACCUUCAGCGGCAACCACAGCAAGGGAAAGCUGCCUGGCCUGCACCCCUUUAGCCUGUACUCUUUCAACAUCAGAGUGUACAAUGGCAAGGGAGAGGGACCACCGAGUCACAACCAGCAGUUUGAGACCCCUGAAGGAGUUCCCAGCGCUCCUUCCUCCCUGACUGUCAGCAACUCCAAUUUGGACUCCUUAAGCCUUGAGUGGAACCCUCCUCGUGACCGUAACGGUCUCCUGACAGGCUACACGCUUAAAUACCACCCAGUCAAUAACUCCAAUGAGCUGGGCCCAGAGGAGACCCUGGCCCUGGCGGCCAAUGAGACCUCAGUCACUUUGCUCAACCUCAAGUACAGCACACGCUACAAGUUUUAUUUGAAUGCCAAAACAAGCAAGGGGCCCGGCCCGGCUGUUACGCAGGAGGCAAUCACCAUUGUGGAUGAAGCGCCGGCGGCCAGUCCUUUCGGCAGCGUUAACUCUUCCAGGGCAGAGGACGGCACCCUGAUCAGUUGGGAGUACUGGGGCCCAGAGAGAAACAUUUAUUUAGAAUACAUAGAUGAGAACAGUGAAGGUGAAGACGAGUGGCGCAAAGAGCUGGUGAACGGCUCUCAGAACUUUAUGCUCAGGGGCCUGAAGGAGGGCCUCACCUAUAGGGUGCGCUUGGUGGCCCAAGGUCACGCCGACCAAGAGCCCCACCGCUCCAAGGAGCUCACGGUGACGGUGCCAGCUGUGGCGAGCCGACAGGUGGACAUCGCUACGCAGGGUUGGUUCAUCGGCCUCAUGUGUGCCAUUGCGCUCCUCAUCCUCAUCCUUCUCAUCAUCUGCUUCAUCCAGAGAAACAAGGGAGGCAAAUAUCCAGUCAAAGAGAAGGAGGACGCUCACACUGACCCGGAGUUUCAGCCCAUGAAAGACGAAGACUGCACUUUUGGGGAAUACAGCGACAAUGAGGACCAUAAACCGUUAAAAGGAAGUCGCACGCCAUCGAGCGGCACGGUUAAACGGGACGACAGUGACGACAGUUUAGUUGACUACGGGGAAGGAGGAGACGGCCAAUUCAACGAGGACGGUUCAUUUAUCGGCCAGUAUAGCGGAAAGAGCCCCGGCCGGGACGCCGCCGCUGUCGUCAACGAGGGCCACGAAAGCUCUGAGGCACCAUCCCCGAUUAACGCCAUGAACUCCUUGAACUCCUUUGUGUAGCAUCUCCAUCCUUAGCAAGGAAAAGGACAUGCAUGUUGUCAUUGGGAAACCUUCGCCGAGACGUUUUUAGGAAGACCAUAAAAGAACACCGCUACUAUUAAUGACCCCUUUUGGACUAAAUGACUUUUCAACAAGAUGAUUUGCUUCCCAGUCUGUCCCUUUAAGAGUGGCUUAUCUGUUUUGCACAAUGUUUCAUUCUACUCUCCUCAACUACAGACUUUGCUGCAUUAUUAUUAUUUUUUUGAAUGGGAUUGACAGUCAUCAGUUCAGGUCAGCAAUAGCUAAAAAAAAGUGCAAAAAAUGGAAGGAAAUAGUUUGACGUUUCUUUUUUGCUGCUGAACAGAAAUUCAUUUGAGUAGGAAAAGAAUGCAGGAGUUAGAUUUUUUUCAUUUUGAGUCAAAAACAACAAUGGCAAGUUUACAUAGACCCAUUUAUUCAGAUUAAAAACCUGAAUCGGAACAAAAUGCUUCAUGUAUGUACCCCAUUCGGAAUAUUCUUACCCGAUCAAGCUCAUUCUCACCAAAAUGAACAAGAGGGGUGGUUUAUGUGGAUUGAUAAUCCGCUUGAUGCACAUUAAAAUGACUUAUUCCAAAGUUUCGGAACAAACUGUCAUUACCGCGCAUGUACUAUAUGUGACGUCAGUAUACAGUGAUCCCUCGCUACUUCACGCUUCAAACUUUGCGGAUUUUUUUUCAAUUAAAAAAAAAAAAAAAAAAAAAAGAAAAAAUAAAUGCAGUAUUUUAUAGAGUUGUUCCGAUCACGUAGUCUCUCACUCUCCAUCCUGCUGUUUUUGUUGGUCAGGCAGUGCGCAGGAGUUGCUUGUUAAAGUUAACGAUAAUUGAAAGACAUUAACGUUGGUAACACUAGAAACGUCAACGUCGCGUCAACGAUCCCGCCGCGAUAACGCAGUGAAACGCGGCCGUUAAAGUCAAUCAGCCAGUGCACACCAGUCGCAGUGUGGCCGCGUGUUGGACGCGUCCCAGAAGCGCUCAAUGCGUCGCACGCGAAAAGAACAGCGGAGUUUGUUAUUUGACGCAAGACGCGGCCCCCUUGCGUCAAUACUACUAGGUAGGAUCGGGCAGGCCGGAAGUCACUCGUGUAAAAAUACGGUGGAUCCGGUCGAUUUUCAAAAUAAUAUGCAAUCGUAACUUACUAUAUAAAUAAAAUAAAUUGAAAUGAGCUAAAACACCUGUAAUUAAUACAAAUAAUACACAAAUCCUGCUACACAAUUGAAUUAAUUAAUUUCUGCGUGGUGCUUUAACUUGAGAAAAAAACAUCAAUAAAGCUUAGAAAAAUGUUCAUAAGAAAAAAAAUGAUUGAGGCAUUUAAUUUGUAAAAUACAUGUUAAAAUCUUUGUCAUUGGGAUUGCUUUUUGCAUUAGCACAUGAGCACAUUAGCUGGCCAAUACGCGGGGUCUGAAAGGCAAAGUGUUGUUGUUUUAUUACCUUUAAAUACCCGCUAUUCUCGCGCGAUCUUGCAAUCCUCACGUGAACCGAUCGAGCCGCUCCACAGACGCGCUGCUCGUGAAACGCAUCCUAUGGAAAUUGACGCCGAGCGUCACUGGUGCGUUAUCGCGGCAGGAUCGUUGACGCGACAUUGACGUUUCUAGUGUGUUACCGGCAUCAGGUUUGAUCUUGCCAUGGAAGCUUGGAAGCCGAAACUUCAAGGCGCCGCAUGUGUAAAUCAUCAUUUAGAUUGUUAAACAUUUGCUGUGGGAACUCAUUGUGCGUAAGUGAGCAGCGUGAGCGGUUUGAGUGAACUCACUCAAUGAAGCAUUUAAUAAAGGCAAACAUUUUUCUACGUUAUUCUUGUUUAAAAAUAAUUCGGUGGGACAGUAACGUGUAAAACCUAUCAUAAUACUUUUGAAGUGCUUAAAAACCAUUUUUAAAA